AUGAAGGGUAUAACGGCAAUGGUGGUGGUUCAGAUAGCUUCGGCAGGAUUGAACAUUUUGUUCAAGCUUUCCGUGGAAGAUGGUAUGAAUCCAAGAGUUCUCGUGGCUUAUCGUCUCUUCUUCGCUACACUUUUCAUGUUUCCCAUGUCCUUCAUCUUUCAAAGGAAGAAGAGGCCAGAGUUCACAUGGAGACUACUCUUACUAGCUCUUCUCUCGGGUAUACUCGGUGCGGUACUACCAACUCUCUUAACGGUUACGGGUCUGGCUCUAACGUCAGCAACAUUCACCUCCGCUGCAGGAGUUCUCACUCCCUUGAUCACUUUCAUCUUAGCCGCACUUCUUAGGCAAGUUUCAUUACUUAUGACAUUUUUAAAUAUGUUUAAAGCUAUUUCUAAUCGAUUUUUGAUAUGGUGGGUCACAUAUAGGAUGGAGAGUGUACGGCUUGGCUCGAGCGAAGGGAAGGCUAACGUUGUUGGGACAAUGCUUGGUGUUGGUGGAGCUCUUGUCUUUAUAUUCUACAGAGGAAAAGCCAUUCAUCUAUGGUCAACUCACGUUGACCUUGUAAACCAAACACGUGAUUCUACCACCCACCACAUUUCCUUCUUCGGCGCUCUUCUAGUAUAUAUAAAGUACAGUUGGGGUCUCUUCUGA